AUGUCGUCGCUACACAUCGCUCGUCUUCUUAUUCUUAUUUCCAUCAUGUCGACAGUCGCCGUCUCGUAUUCUGUUUUGCCAUCAGGUGACCAAGCCUCAGGAAUCCGAUUCUGGCCACCGGUCUACGAGCGUUCUGAGUUCUCCGACGACAUCGCUCCAAACGAUUUCGACGAUAGUCGCAUGAAACGAGAGGAUCUUGAGCAACAACUCAGCAAACGGACCAAUCUCAAACGGCUCGUGAUUCUGUCGGCACGUGGAUUCGGAAAGAAAUGA